AUGGGCAGAUAUAGUCAGCAGCGAAUAGGUUCGUUCGGUCUUGGCACACGCGGUCCGAAUUGGGCAGGUUUCCCCCAAAAGUCGGCCAAGUCAGCCCAAGGGAGCAAGCCCCAGCAAGACUUCCAGCGGACCGCCGCCCGCCUUUUCAACCAUCUCCACCUCCUUGCAUCGGCCGCGCGCGUCGCAAACGCCUAA